AUGUCCUUCGUCAAGGAAGCUAUUCGAGACCUCUGUGCCAAAGCUCAGGAUGUGUUUUCCCGUUCCGAGAGAGCCUGGCUCGCCGCGCGUGAGGCGUGGAACGAGGACCCCGAUACGCGGGCACAGAGUGACGGCACAAUCCUGACUGAACCCCAAGAGACUCCAGAAUCGACAGGCGGGCGCAUGGGCAGGAAGAACAAGAACAAGGCAGAAAAGGCAGAAAAGGGAAUGUGCAAGAAAAUGCGAGUUGGGUCAUCUGUCGACAUUUUCGUCAAACCACCGGAAAAGGCACUCGAGCGGGCACUUCUAUCGGACGGCGUACCGAGUGAUGCCUCGCGCUUGGUUCUCUGGACUGACGCUUCAGAAAAGCGUACCCCUAGCCACGCCUCCAGUCUCACAGGCAUAGCUGUGGUAUUCCGACACAAGUUCCACUGGGUACGAAUUACGGCCCGGUUGAACCAUUUCAACAACAUCGCCAUUGCAGAGACUCAGGCCAUUGUAUAUGCCCUUGACUAUGCAGUACAGCAGUCUGCACAACUAGGCGUUCCCUUGCGCCAAGUUGAGAUCUUCACUGACAGCCAGAGUGCGCUGAUGAACUUGGCAAGAACAAAGCCCCCAAAGCUCAAGCGCAAGACCCGCAAGGGGGCGCUCGAAGUCAACAAGGCACUACUCGAGUCAGCCAAGAAGGCAAUGGAUGCGCUGGAUGCAGCUGGUAUCGGUCUGGAGUUGCACUGGGUCCCGCGAGGCAAAGCCAAGGGGAACAAAGUUGCAGACGAGGGAUCACGGCUUGCAAGACUGGCAAUGGCAGACCUUGUAUUGCCUGAUCACGUUAUGAUCGAAGUCAUCCCAACUCUCGAUGACAAGGAAGUUCUCCAGGUGCCCGUAGAAGAGACACUUGCGUAUGCAAGAGCGACAUCUGCUCAUCGCCGACUCAUGGCGGAAGGAGUCGCAAAGAUGUUUACGUCGCAAGUCGAACCGCCGCCAAUCAAACCACCAUCCGGCAAACCGGCUUCGAUCGAAUCACCUGGUGCAACACACUCCCUCAUCCCGGACGCGGCGCUUUACCCGGUUGACCUGUUGGGGAUGAAGCCUGUGUCUGAGAAUCAGCCAAUGCUUGAAGUUCAACACCCAGCUAAGCCUGAGCCUGAACAACAACCCGAGAAGCAAGCAACAGCGCGAGUCGGACUUAACAUGCCACGACCCGAAGCGACAUUUGUCAGAGAUGUACAUGUCCCAGACCGUUGGGCCGCCCCUCAAUCCCCUCGCAGCGAUAGGGCUGAGGGAUGGCCCGAUGUCCGAGAUGCAUCUCGCUUCUGA